AUGAGUAUGACCACCUUAAAAGCCCUGGAAUGUGCCAAAGGACAAACAUUGGUAUGCCACUACUACCCGGCCUGUCCACAGCCAGACCUAACUCUUGGUACCGAUAAGCACUCAGAUCCUGUCUUCUUCACGAUCUUGCUUCAAGAUCAAAGUGGUGGCCUUCAAAUCAUGCAUAAUAACCAAUGGGUAGCUGUUGAACCAAUUGAACGAGGUUUAGUUGUUAAUGUUGGUGACUUUCUUCAGAUCCUGUCAAAUGACAAGUUUGUAAGCGUAAAUCAUAGAGUCCUAGCAAGUAAGACAGGACCAAGGAUGUCAGUGGCAUGCUUCUUCACUAGUGCUGAACCUUCAAAGAUGAUUGGUCCAAUCAAAGAGUUCACAUCAGAAGAAAAUCCUCCACUAUAUAAAGAAUUUCUUGUGAGCGAUUACACGAAGAUGUUUCUCACCAAGCCACUUGAUAAGUCUAGUCUUGAUUUUUUCAAUCUAGUCUUGAUUUUUUCAGACUGUGAAGAGGAACCAGGCACCAUUUCGCCAAGCAGCAGUGAACAUCAAUAA